CCGUCGCCCCGUAAUGACGCCAUCAGCUCGCUCUGCCACGUCUCUCCUGGGCAGCAGCAGUUGCGGAGAGUUGGGGUGACGGAGGCUGUUGCUGCUGCAGAGGGUGGUCCGGCUGCCCCUGCACCCCCACUGCUUGCACACUGCCCGGGCCCACCAUGCACCAACAGCACCGAUCUGCCCCGGCCCCUGUGUCAGCCUGACAGCCCAGCCCGCAGCUGCUGUGGGAAGAGAAGGGGCUCAUCUGAUGCCUGAGCUGCUGCCCCCACUGCUGCCUGUACAUGUACUUCCAGAUGAACAGCUUCUGUGGAAAUGUUUUACAAGAGCCUAAAGGGCACCUGUCAACUGCCUACAGCGGACUUAGCUGGAAACGACGGUACGCUGUGUUCCAGGCCGUGGAGUGGAGCUGACUGUUGGACGUGGACUGGCACCUUGUCAUGCCCGGUGGAAGAAGGGGUCCUAGUCGGCAGCAGUUGAGCCGUUCAGCUUUACCUUCUCUGCAGACUUUGGUUGGCGGGACGUGUGGCAAUGGCACAGGGCUGAGAAACAGGAAUGGUAGCGCCAUUGGCCUAUCCGCCCCUCCAAUAACUGCCUUGAUUACCCCGGAGCCGGUACGUCACAGCUGUAUCCCUGAGCUGCCGCUGGAUGGGAGCCUUCUCUUCGAGUUCCUCUUCUUCAUCUACCUUCUGGUGUCACUAUUUAUCCAGUACAUCAACAUAUACAAGACUGUGUGGUGGUACCCGUACAAUCACCCUGCCUCCUGCACAUCUCUGAAUUUCCAUCUCAUUGAUUAUCACCUGGCAGCUUUCAUCACAGUAAUGUUAGCCCGCCGCCUGGUCUGGGCCCUCAUAUCACAGGCCUCUCAGGUAGGAUCAGCAUCCAUGGUUUAUUACAGCUCUCUGAUUGCUGCCCGCCUGGUCCUGCUCACGCUGUGCGGGUGGGUGUUCUGCUGGACGCUUGUCAAUCUAUUCCGCAAUCAUUCAGUACUGAACCUCCUGUUCCUGGGCUACCCGUUUGGGGUGUAUGUACCUCUUUGCUGCUUCCACCAAGACAACCGCUCCCAGCCUCUGCCCACAGACUGCGGCUACCUCGUGCAGGACUCAUUAGUGGAGGACGGUGCUAAUGGCGUGGCCAGUCUGGUCCGACCCAAAGACUUCCUCUCUCUCCUACGCGAGUCCCUGAGGGAACAGUUUAAUUCCCCCCCUUCUAUCCCGUCCCACAGCUGCCCGCUGUCCCCAGACCUCAUACGCAACGAAGUGGAGUGUCUGAAAGCGGACUUCAACCGCAGGAUUAAGGAAGUCCUGUUCAACUCCCUCUUUAGUGCCUACUAUGUGGCUAUUCUGCCUCUGUGCUUCGUCAAAAGCACUCAGUAUUAUGACAUGCGCUGGUCGUGUGAGCACCUCAUUAUGGUGUGGAUCAAUGCCUUCGUCAUGCUUACCACACAGCUACUGCCGCCCAAGUAUUGCGACUUGUUACACAGGUCGGCGUCCCACCUCGGCAAAUGGCAGAAGCUGGAGCACGGGGCCUACAGCAACGCUCCACAGCACAUUUGGUCGGAUGGCACGGUCUGGCCACAGGGUGUCCUGGUACGACACAAUCGCAGUUUAUACAAAGCCAUGGGGCCGUAUAAUGUAGCAGUGCCUUCAGACGUCUCACACGCCAGAUUUUAUUUCCUCUUUCACCGGCCGUUACGGCUACUGAAUGUGCUGGUGGCGAUGGAGGGCAGCCUGGUGCUGUACCAGCUCUACUCCCUGCUCCGCGCCGAGAAGUGGAACCACACGCUCUCCAUGGCGCUUAUCUUGUUCUGCAACUACUACGUCUUGUUCAAACUGUUACGGGACAGAAUAGUAUUGGGAAGGGCUUAUACUUACCCACUCAACAGCUAUGGACUCAAGCCCCACUGAAGCCACCGGACGGAUUUGGUGGAGAGCGUAACCGCAAUGUAGGGAGAAAAAAACAAAACAAAGGAAAAAAAACUAUUUUCAUACAGUUCUAUUUUUUUCUGCCAAUGUUUAUAAAUAUUUAAGAUAUUUUAUAUUUUGUAUACAAUUUUUUUUUUCUUUUUUUUUCUUGUGUUCACCUUGUUGGGGAGAGCUGUCACCGGUAUAUCAAAAGGGUUUAUAGUGCAGGUAUUAUCGUAUACAUAUGCAGUUUGUGUAUGUGCAAGUCCUAGAGCGAGAUGUGUAUGUGCAGAUCUUUCUGCCCCUUGUGCCAGCUGAACGGGUAUAAGACAGUGUUAUCGGCACCCGUUCACCAGAUUCCAGUGCCACUUGCCUGUGUUAUUGGUCGCAGAGCUUGAUAGUAUUGACAAGAACAAUUAAAAAGAAAAAAAACUUUA